CUACAAAUGGCGUUUAGACAAAAUUCCGCAACGUUUCGGACAACUUCCACAUACGGGUUCUUUUCAUCAAACUUCCAACAUGGGUCGCAUGCACAAUCCCGGAAAGGGUAUAUCCCAGUCAGCACUCCCAUACAGACGUUCAGUUCCAACAUGGUUGAAACUGACGUCAGAAGAUGUUCAGGAACAGAUAUUUAAACUGGCAAAGAAGGGCUUGACACCUUCACAGAUUGGUGUGAUUUUGAGAGAUUCACAUGGUGUGGCACAGGUGAGAUUUGUCACUGGAAACAAAAUUUUGAGGAUCCUGAAGGGCAAGGGGUUGGCUUCAGACAUCCCUGAGGAUCUUUACUACCUGAUCAAGAAAGCUGUCAACAUCAGGAAACAUCUUGAAAGGAACAGGAAGGACAAGGAUGCCAAGUUCAGACUUAUUCUUGUAGAGAGCAGAAUUCACAGAUUGGCCAGAUACUACAAGACAAAGAGAGUCCUGCCACCAACCUGGAAAUACCAAUCAGCAACAGCUGCAGCUUUGGUACAGUAAAGACAUACCAUGAAGUUGUUGUGUAUUGUACAGUCUCUCUAAAUAAAGAAAAAAAAUCUGAAAA